AUGAAGUCAACAAAUAUGAAGGCCGUGGUGCAAAAUUGUAUUGAGGCCAUCAACGAAUGCAAAAGAGAAAAAAGUGAUUUUCACUCGCAUUUAUCGAAGUCGUUUGGAACUGGUUUGAAUCUGACCAAUUUGAAUUUGCAAAACAAUAGUGUUAGUGAUGUGGGUGCUAAAUGUAUUGCUGAGGCAAUCAAAGUGAACAAGACGCUAACCAAUUUGGAUUUGCGAAGUAAUGGUAUUAGUGCUGCGGGUGCUACAUGUAUUGCUGAGGCAAUCAAAGUGAACAAGACGCUAACCAAUUUGUAUUUGUCUUGGAAUCGUAUUAGUGAUGCGGGUGCUACAUGUAUUGCUGAGGCAAUCAAAGUGAACAAGACGCUAACCAAUUUGGAUUUGCGUUACAAUGGUAUUAGUGCUGCGGGUGCUACAUGUAUUGCUGAGGCAAUCAAAGUGAACAAGACGCUAACCAAUUUGGAUUUGUCUGACAAUGUUAUGUGCUGCGGGUGCUACAUGUAUUGCUGAGGCAAUCAAAGUGAACAAGACGCUAACCAAUUUGGAUUUGUCUGGGAAUGAUGUUAGUGCUGCGGGUGCUACAUGUAUUGCUGAGGCAAUCAAAGUGAACAAGACGCUAACCAAUUUGGAUUUGUCUAGGAAUCGUAUUAGUGAUGCGGGUGCUACAUGUAUUGCUGAGGCAAUCAAAGUGAACAAGACGCUAACCAAUUUGGAUUUGUCUGGGAAUCGUAUUAGUGAUGCGGGUGCUACAUGUAUUGCUGAG